AUGACUGAAGUAGUUGCUAAGACAAUUACAUACUGUAAUGUGUGUUCCUUUCCUCCGGAGUAUUGCGAAUUCGGAGCAUCUUUCAAGAGAUGUAAAGAAUGGUUGGAAGGAGCCAACACCGAGUUAUAUAAUCUUUUAUAUGGUGAAGAUGGGAAAGUGAACACCACAUCCACAUUACUGUCAGAAAAGGAAGAGAAGAUAAGUAAGGAUUUGGCUAAGAUGCAGUUGAAGGAGGAAGCCAAACAAGAACGGGAGUUGCAGAAGAAGUUGAGUUCUAAAGUGACCAUUAAAAGAAUAGAAAGAAAUAAAAGAAAACACAUAAUUUCUAUUGUGGGAUUAGAAGUGUUUGAAAUUGACAUGAAGAAGUUGGCAAAGACUUUUGCUUCCAAGUUUGCUACUGGAGCAUCUGUUGGAAAAACCGCAGACAAGAAGGAGGAGAUUUUGGUUCAAGGUGACGUUAGUGAUGAGGCCAAGGUAUACAUUGAGAAGCUUCUUGAAGAGAAGGGGUUACACGACAUUACAGUUGAACAGAUUGAUGAGAAGAAGAAGAAACCCAAGCCAACAGUCCCAGGAGCUAAAUAA